CCGAGUCCUGGACUCUGAAGGAAAUAUUUAUUAAGCCAUAUCAAAUUAAAGAUUUCAAAUUGUACAUUGAUUAAAAUUUGAGCGACGGCCCGAUGACUUCCGCCGACACGUUCAGCACACCGGAAAUGACUGCGCGAGACGACAAAGUAAGAAAGGUCGCAGCUCACUUUUGUGGUCUCCACAGUCGUCCAAAAUGGCAGCAAAGAACAUCCCGUCGUAUUCCUGCACCACAAACAACAAUGAGGAGCACAAAUUCAGAUGAUGAGAGCUGAUGCAGAUCAAAUUGAGAGCACCAGUGAAGGAGCGAGCGCCAAAUGAACUGGGAGACAGUUGUCAGAGAGAAGACAUCAUUGAAGAUCACCGAUAGCGAAUAGACAGCCAUCAGCCAUGAAGAGAAGGCGGGACGAGGACGAAAAGGAGCAGUUGUGCUGCUGCGAAUACAUCAACACACACGGCCGGCCAAGCCACGUGGGAGCCUGCUGCUGCGACUGCGAGGAUCUGGACCAAGCCUGCGACCGCUUUUUUAAGCGAGAGACUCAAAGUCCAGAGGCAAUGUCCCGGGUGCUCACUGAGAUCAGCGAUCGAGUCCGUGUCCCCUGGUUCCGGGGCGGCGCCCGCAGAGUGGACCUGUCCGUCAUCCCUCCUCUGGUUCUGCUUCCAACCCUGCUGCAUCUCUCGGCGUUCCACUUCCUGGUCGGCCUGGCGGUUCUGAUCACGCUGCCGGGCUUGCUGCUGUGGUACUACUACUUCACCCACCGCAAGAAGGCCCGGACUCUGUUUUUCCUUAGCCUGGUGAUUUUUUCCUUGGCCUACAUGCACUAUUUAUUCAUCACCAAAGUGGUGCCGCGAGGGGGCCUCGGUGCCAUUCAUGUCGGCACGGUAACCGUCGGGGUCCUGCUCACUUUGCUGGGCCUCGCCAUCACCAAGAGAGGCCCGGGCGUGGUAAAGCCAAAAGAGUCGAAUCCUGUUCUCACAGACCAGGUGGGAGAGUCGCAAGAGGCGGAGCCUAGCCGGAAGAACCGGUGCUCGGUGUGUCGGCUGGUGCGACCCCCCAGGGCGGGACAUUGUCGGAUAUGCGGACUCUGCGUGCUGCGUCAUGACCACCACUGUGUCUGGAUCGACAGCUGCGUCGGCCGGGAGAACCACCGCAGCUUCCUGGUGACGCUCGUCCUCUUCCUGUCGACGUCCUCGUACGGGAUCGGCCUUACGCUGCAGAGCGUGUGUCCGGAGCAAAUCAUCCUCAGCGCUUUGUUCUACUGCCCGGGAGUCUACGAGGAUUACAGUGCCUCCCUUUGCUUCACGUGUGCCUGGUACUGCACUUUGGUGACUUGCGGCGUCUUUCACUUGUUGCUGACUCAGCUGCUCAACAUCAGCUACAACGUGACGGAGCGUGAGGCGCGUGCUGCCGUCAGGGAGCGCUCUGCCCGCCGGGCCCUGUGCGGGCUGGCCGUAGACACCGGCGUCCACUCGCGGGGCCUGUGCGCCAACUGGGCUGAGUUUUGGACCAUGUCGGAGGAACGGACCAGUUGCCAUGCAGGGAGCGAAGGCGACGAGUCACGCGUGAAAGUCAGUCAUUUCGACAGCCAUCCCGCUUUCGGGGUAUCAUCACACCCACAUGACGUCUGAGCUACCUACCGCUGGCACAAGUAGCCCGACCCAGGAUUUUUCGGCGGCGGACAGAUACAAAAGGUUCCGAGUUCUCUUUGCGCUUCCUCAUUAUUAUGGCCUACUUAAGCAAAUGGGACGUUACAAGGGAAUUUGAUGAGUUGGCCUCUUUCUUGGGUGGCAGGCAGUUCCUCAGUAAAGAGAAAAAAGAAAAGUACACCUCAGGCUUGCAUCAUGAAGAACUUGAAAAUCAAUAACCAGGUUUUAGUGAUUCAGUACAGUUGUGGAAGAGGUAACACGCGAAGCUCUUGCUGCAAAGCUCUUGCCUUAUUUUCUAAUGUUAUAUUCUUAAAAAAAUGAGAACAAUAUUGGGAAGAAUGUCUCUUUUGACCAAAUCGAAAAAAAAAAAUCAUGUUUCUCACUGGCUGACGUGACUCUUCUACAUCACUUGGACCAACUUAUUUAUUUCUCAAUAAAUGAUUGACUUGGUGCUGCUGGGACGUCA